CAUGCGCAAGACUUGCGUAAGUGACGGAGGAAAAUGGCGUCGUCCAUGAAUGGGAUGUUUCCAGGCCAGCAGCCACCCGGUGCUCAUUCGGUAGGAGGACCUCCUGGUCCGGCUCAGCCUGGCUUUCCUGGCAGCGCUCCCCGGGCUCAGGGAACCAGUACCCUGGUGGACGAGCUGGAGGCAUCCUUCGAGGCCUGCUUCUCAUCAUUAGUAAGUCAAGACUAUGUCAAUGGAACGGAUCAGGAGGAGAUUCGAACAGGUGUGGACCAGUGCAUCCAAAAGUUCCUGGAUGUGGCUCGACAAACGGAGUGCUUCUUCUUACAGAAGAGGCUGCAGCUCUCUGUGCAGAAACCAGAGCAGGUGUUAAAAGAGGAUCUAUCAGACCUGCGAAAUGAACUACAGAGGAAAGAAGCACUGGUUCAAAAGCAUUUGAGCAAGCUGCAGCACUGGCAACAAGUACUGGAGGAUGUGAGUGGUCAGCCUCGUAAAGCCACUGACCUUCCGCCUCUGGGGCCGCUGGCCUUUCUGGAACAGGCCUCAGCUAGUUUGCCUCCUGCUCCUUUAAAACCGAGUUAAAGACUGAUGCAUGUUCAGAUCUGUACAAGCUGCCCUGCUUGCUGUGUGCAGGAAAACGGUGACAUCGGGCAUUAGCUGGCAUUGGUGGGGGUGUGCAGGAGGUAGAGCUGUAUAUUUGGACUGACUGCAUCUGCAUGGGAAAAUACAUGCAGAUACUAUAGACUGUGUACAAAGCUAAUUGUAGACAAGUACAAGAUGCUUUUCACAUCUUUUUUUUUCUAGUUUUUGAUGGAUGUAAAUAUUUUUUUUCAUGCGAGAAUAAAAUGUGCAUUUUCAAUAUCUGAAA